UUCUCCCUGGUUCUCCCAGUUUCCUUUAGUCAGUCGCGAACAGCGAAGAACGCGUAGAAUCCAGCAGAGGAUUGAACAAGAUCUACUAUUACUUCAGACAAGCCCUUUUGAAGAUGUCUGCCAGCCAGUACUAUCACGUGCAGUGCACACCAACAGUGUACCCUGCAGAUCCCUUCAACCCAGAGGAAGAUGCAGCCCUCCUUAGAACCGCCAUGAAGGGCUUUGGCACAGACGAACAGACUAUUAUCGACGUCCUCGCCCAUCGUGGCAUCGUUCAGCGUCUCGAGAUAGCAGAUAAAUUCAAGACAAUGUAUGGAAAGGACUUAAUCUCUGAAUUAAAAUCAGAACUGGGUGGCAAUUUCGAGAAUGCCAUCUUGGCAUUAAUGACGCCCUUGCCAGAAUUCUAUGCCAAAGAGCUUCAUAAAGCAAUUUCUGGAAUGGGCACGGACGAAGGUGCCCUGAUUGAGGUGCUAGCGUCGCUUAGUAACUACGGAGUUAAGACCAUAUCUGCUGUUUACAAAGAUUUGUAUGGAAAUGAGCUGGAGGAUGAUCUGAAGAGCGAUACUUCUGGCCAUUUUAAGAGGCUACUGGUCUCUCUUUGCUGUGCCAACAGAAACGAGAACUCAGACGUCGACGAAGAAGCUGCAAUAGCUGACGCUGAGAAACUCCUAGAAGCUGGCGAAGGCCAAUGGGGAACAGACGAGAGUACAUUCAAUGCUAUCCUCAUUACUAAAAGCUUCCCUCAAUUGAGAAAGAUUUUCAAAGAGUACGAACGUCUCUCUGGGAACAGUCUCGAGGACGCCAUCAGAAGAGAAUUCUCAGGAUCCCUCGAAGAUGGUUAUCUUGCAGUGGUGAAAUGUACCCGCGACAAGACUGGCUACUUCGCGGAGCGCCUAUACAAAGCAAUGCGUGGCCUAGGCACUGACGACACAACCUUAAUUCGCAUAAUCGUAGCACGAUCAGAGAUCGAUCUAGGAGACAUCAAAGACACCUAUCAAAGAAUCUAUGGCCAGUCCCUCGCAGGCGACAUCGACAGCGAUUGUACCGCUGAGUGGAAACGCCUCCUGAUCGCGAUGCUGAAUUAAGAAAACGUUUCAGCGUUGUUGUAAUUAAAAUUCGUCCAGAUAAAUACUCGAAUGUUUACCAAAGCUCUAUAUAAAGCAGCACUAGGAAGAUUAUCGUUGUUCGAGGUUUGAAUUAUAUUAGAAAGAUUGAGCUAAACAAACAAAGUUAGAGAAUAUUGAAAUCGAGAAAUUUUUGGAGCUUCGCGAAUGUGAAUAAUUGUUAAAUGUGAUUGAAAUGUAUACAUUCCUCUUGUUUUAAAUAUAGUCGAUAGUUUGCAUUCCAUAAAUAUACAUUGUUAUACAUAUAUUAUUUUAUAUUAGAGUUGUAGCUACAAAAUUUUUUAUGUGAAAUUAAACCUAGUCUGUGAUGGCAUGUGCAAAACGAUAUUUGUUAUUAUACAUCAAAUAUAUUUAAAGCAUUAUAUGA